AUGGCCACACCCCCGCCCACCAAGCGGGUGCAGGGAAAGUUCAGAACGAGUGAAGUUGCCGCAAUAGUAGGAGAGUUUCAGGAAGCCGGCAGGGUUAGACGUCCUUUGCGUGGGGACACUAGUCCAUCAGGAAAGGCUGGAAACCGGCAGACGCGCCAGAUCGGGAAACCGACGGACACACCGGACGAGUGGGGGAAGGAUCCCUUCCUCAACUCACAGGCAGGCUGUGAGCACUUUUUGGUGGGGUGGCCUCCGGAGUGCUCGCUGGAUGGAAAGGUGAUCGCAGCCGUAUUCGACCGAGUCCAGGUGCCAGGCCCCCGUGGGCACCUGGAACAAUUUCCUUACAUUUUAGUGUGGCAAGAUAUAGUGACUAACCCGCCCCCAUGGCUAAAACCUUUUCUUCUGAACCUCUCUGUUAAGGUAUUAACAUCCUCACUCGGGACUAGCGAAAAGGAGAAACCGAGACGACCUGCAUCCCGAGCAGCUGUUCCACCGGUUUUGCCUGAUUCUCAGGCUGACCUUGAUCUGAUGGAUCUAGAGAGCAGCGUGUCUCCACCUCCCUAUGCCCCUCCCCCACCUUCCCACCCUCUCCAGGUUCAACAAGUAUCAGGAGGGAAUGGAGCGAGUGCUCCAAGUGUGCCACCCGUCAUUACGGGCCCAGCCUCUGGCCUCCGCCCAUGCCAGAGGGACUCCCAGGAGGCUGAAGCUCCAUCGUCUACUGUCCAGGCGCUGCCUCUCAGGGCAGUGGAGGGGAAGCCAGUAGAGUUCCUGGUGGAUACAGGGGCUCAGUACUCCAUCCUAAAUAAGAAGGAGGGAAAGAUCUCCUCAAAAACUAGCCUGGUCCAGGGAGCAACAGGGGCAAAGCAGUAUCAUUGGACAAUGCAGUGACAAGUGAAUCUGGGAACUAAGCAAGUGUCCCAUUCAUUCUUAAUUGUACCCGAUUGUCCUGCACCGCUGUUAGGAAGAGACUUAUUAUCCAAAGCCCAAGCCCAUAUAUUCUUUCACAAAAAUGGUGUCCAGGUUACCAAUGGGGAAGGCUCCCCUCUACAGGUCCUGAAGGUCGCCUUACAUGACGAAUACCAGUUGUAUAAAGGUGUAGAAGACCAACGUACAGGCUUAACAGAUAUGGCUCCGUGGCUGGAAGAGUUCCCCCAAGCCUGGGCGGAAACUGGAGGAAUUGGAUUGGCAAAACACCGACCACCCAUUAUUGUGGACUUAAAACCCUCUGCCACACCGGUAAGAGUCCGACAGUAUCCCAUGCCCAGGGAAGCCCAGGAGGGCAUACAACCCCAUAUCCAACGGCUGUUAUGGGAAGGGGUACUAAAGAGGUGCCAGUCUGCAUGGAAUAUACCUCUCCUCCCAGUAAAGAAACCGGGGGGGGAGUACCGACUAGUGCAGGAUCUGAGAGAGGUAAAUCGCUGAGUUGAAGACAUACAUCCCACAGUCCCUAACCCUUACACGCUACUCAGCAAUAUUCCCCCAGAUCAUGCGUGGUAUACUACCCUGGACUUGAAGGAUGCUUUCUUUAGCCUUGACUUCAUCUGGUUCAUGGAUGGAAGCAGUUUCAUACAGGAUGGACUAAGGUAUGCGGGAGCCACGGUGGUAAACGACCAGGAGGAGAUUAUUUGGGCCGACACUUUACCGCCAGGAACUUCCGCUCAGAAAGCUGAACUUAUCGCCCUGGUGGAGGCAUUGGAAAGGGCAGAGGGAAAGAGGCUAAAGGACUAUAUGGACAGUUGUUACGCAUAUGCGACUCUUCAUAUACAUGGCGCCAUCUACCGGGAGCAUGGGUUCAAAAACACAGAAGGAAGAGAAAUAAAGAACCAGAUGGAAAUUCUUCACUUGUUAUCAGCUGUGACCCGGCCACGAAUGGUAGUGGUGGUCCACACCCCGGGACAUCAAAGAAGACACUCCCCUGAAGCAAGAGGCAACCAAGCAGCGGACCAGGCAGCUAAGAGAGCUGCCCUCCAAAUGGUACGAAUUUUAAUAACUAACUUACCUUGCCUGCAACUGGAACCCCUGCCUCCUACUCCCAACUAUUCCAGAGAGGAUGUCCAGUGA